AUGCACACCCAACUCCUCCUCCUCCUCCUCCUUCUCCUCCUCCCCCCCCUCCUACUAACAAUCCAAAUCCUUCUCCGAAUAACCAAAUCCCUCACAUCCCCUCUCAAGAACAUCCCGGGACCAUUCUGGGCCCGCUUCAGCAACCUCUGGUACUUCAACCGUCUUCGCCAUGGCCAAUUCGAGCAUGACAAUAUCAAGCUGCACAAGCAAUACGGUCCGAUUGUGAGGAUUGGUCCGAAUCACUACAGUAUCAGUGAUCAAGCUUCCAUCAAGACCGUCUACGGUACUGGCUCUAAGUUUGCCAAAUCUGCUUGGUAUGAUGGGUGGAAACAUCCUGCUCAAUGGACUGUUUUUGCGGAUAGGGAUAUCAAGAGACAUGCCGAUACCAGAAAACGUUUCACUAGUUUAUACUCCAUGAGCUCGUUGGUAAAUUACGAGCCAUUCGUAGAUCACUGCGCAGAACUAUUCAGGAAUCGUUUGAACGAGUUCGCUGAUAACGGGGAGACACUCAAUUUGGGCCAUUGGUUCCAAUGCUAUGCCUUCGAUGUCAUCGGAAACAUCACAUUCGGAGAACGAUUCGGAUUCCUAGACCGAGGCCACGACAUCGACGGCACAAUCGCAGCUCUCCAAAAAGUAGUGAUGUACAGCACCAUAGUGGGAGUCUUCCCAGAAUGGCACCCACGCCUCUUCAAGCCCCUAAGCAAAUUUAAAUGGUCUGGUGCCGGCGGCCGCGCAUACAUCAGCAACUUCGUGGAGGACAAAAUCAGUGCCCACGAACAAAAAUCCAAGUCCCAAAUCGCAGACCCAGAGAACAAUGAAGCCCAAUACGAACAACCGCAAGACUUCGUCGACAAACUCAUGCAAGCCCGCCAGAAAGAUCCCGAGAAAGUAACGGACUAUCACCUCUUUAUCAUGGGCCAGUCCAACGUGACAGCAGGGAGUGACACCACAGCUAUAAGUUUAUCGACGAUAAUGUGGCAUUUGAUGCAUUACCCAAACGUUUUUCAAAAACUCCGGCAGGAGAUCGACGAUUCCACUGCCCCGGGAUUGUGCCGUUCGCCGAUUACCUUUAAGGAAAGUCAAGAAAUGCCCUAUUUCCAGGCUGUUAUGAAAGAGGCGCUACGGAUGCAUGCUGCGACUGGUCUUCCCAUGUGGAGGACUGUUCCUGAUGGAGGGGCGGAGAUUGGGGGUCGGUUCUUCCCUGGUGGGAGCGUUAUUGGGGUUAAUACUUGGGUUGCGCAUUAUGAUGAGACUGUCUUUGUUGAUGCUGGGGUCUUUAGGCCUGAGAGGUGGAUUGAGGCUGAGAGUGAGCCUGAGAGGUUGAGGGUUAUGAAUCAGAUGUACAUGCCGUUUGGUCUUGGUUCGAGGACUUGUCUUGGGAAGCAUAUCUCGAUUUUGGAGAUGUCGAAGCUUAUUCCGAGACUUGUGCAGGAGUUUGAUUUUACCCCGUUGAGGAAGACGUGGAAGACGGAGAACUUUUGGUUUGUUAAGCCUGUUGAUUUUGAAGUCCGGGUAACGCGGAGGGCAGUAUGCACUUUUAUGAAUAAAUGA